AUGAACACAGCCAAGUUGGUGAAUUUGGUUGCAGUGGCAACUGCCGUCACCUUUCUCAUCAUUGUGCUUGCCAUCGGGACAGGUAUUUGCCGAAACAUUUUGGAAUGUGAUAAUAAGGCGAUGCGAAUUUAUGGCAUUCUGCUGCUUGUCGCGGCGAUUUUUCUUGUUGCCACAACAAUCACCUACUUCGUCAGCUUUUUCAAGAACCCCGUCUGGCUUCGCAUUGCAUACUUGGUAACCGCCACCUUUGGUUUGCUGUUCUGCUUCGCUGGGACCCUUGUGUUGCCGUAUAUGGAGGCCGCUUUGUGGGGUCAGUGGUUGGCAACCGUGGCAGCGACGCUCGCACUCACAUUUGCCAUUAGUGUGUCGAUUUCCCUCUCGCACAAAAGCAAAUAG